AUGUAUGAUGGGUAUGAUGUUGAAGCCGAAGAGUCUAAUCAGAAGGACCCCUUUGAUCAAGCGAAUAAUUUGUUUGUCCCAAAGGAUAAUUGUGAAGUUCAAUGGACUAGAGAAGACAUGCCAAAUACAAUCAUUGAGAAACCUUCACUUAAAAUGUUCAAAAAAUUCAUUGAAAAUGAGAUAGAUUCAAAGUCAAGUGCUGAAUUGCGUGCAAAGUUCUUCAAAAAUAUAGAAGUUAAGCGAGAAAAGAUGUCUUCCGGUCAGCAGCAACAUCAACCACCACCACCACUUAAGAGGAUAAAAACCCUUAGUGAUAGGGAAAGGGAGCAGUUGUUAAGAAAAAAUGGUGUCCAAGCAAAUGAUAAGCAGAAUUUUGUAGAAAAGCCAAAAGUUGCAAAAGAAAAAGGGCAGAAUUUGAAGAAAAGUAAAGUACAGAAGGAAGCAAGUAUGACUCGCUCACAAGGAUCAACAUGUAGACAAGAAAAGGAACUUCCUUCUAAAUCUACUGCUAUGGCUCACAAGAAUACUACAGAAGUAGAUUCUAGAAUGAGUCAAGAUUUGAAGAGAAAAGAGACCACAAUUGAAGAUGAUAUUGAAGAUUGUGGCAGCUUGCAAGAAAGGCCAACUAAGAAGGGAAAAACACGUCAAUUUGCUUCAAUGCCGAUUGAUACAUUUCUUAAACUUAACAAUGAACCUGAUGGUGAAGAGCAAUUAGAUGAGAAUGAAGGAGAUAUUAUAGAGGAGCAGGACAAGGAUUAUAUUAAUCCAACUGAGGCUGAGAACUUAGACAAUACUUUGAAAGAUAGAGAACAAAUUACUCUAGAUAGUGAAGGAGAGGCAAUUGGUCCUACUGAUGAAGCUGUAAACAACUUGAGCAAAUUUUUGGGCACAGUGGCAAGGAAUUCAGAUUUUUGUCCAUUAAUUUACACAAAUUGGAAGGGGAUUAAAGAUAAAGAAGCCAUUUGGGAAUAUGUUCAAGCUAAAUUCAUUAUUCCAACUGAAGGAAAGAGGAUGGUCCUUGCUCGUAUCAAUGACAACUGGAGAAGGUAUAAGACUACAAUAAAGCAAACUCAUUUUCUGCCAUACAAAUGUGUUAAUGAGAUGCUGAAAAAUCGUCCUAAGAGUAUACCUGAGAGUCAUUUUCGCAAGUUAAUUGCUUAUUGGAGAACUGAGAAAGUUAAGAAAAUGUCUGUGCAGAAUAAAAAAAAUAGGGCACAACAGAAAUUUAGGCAUCGAAAGGGACCAAUAAAUUUUGCAAGAAUACGUGCAAGAUUGGCUGCUUCUAAGGAAAAUAAUGAACCACCUACUCAAGCAGAAAUGUUUGUUGAGACUCGCCAAAGCACAAAGGGAAAAUCAUUGGAUGAAGACACUCUGGAUGUUAUUGCAUAUUUGCAAGCUGAGAAUAAAAAGUCUAAAGAAUCAGCAAUUAGAGCUUUCCAAUCCAUAUUUGGGAAAGAGAAGGCAGGGAGAGUGCGAUGUCACGGAAGAGUAACCACACCAACUUUGUUGAAGAAAAAUGAGGAAAUUGCCACCCUUAAGCAGCAACAUGCAACUGAGAAAGCAACAUUAGAGAAUAAGGUUGAUGUGAUGCAAAAAGAAGUAGAUAAACUAAAAUCGCUUGUUAAGAUGAUGCUGCAACAAAAAAGCUCAGGAGCGGACCUUGACAUGUUAGCUGCUCAAUUAGGAAGCACUUUAGGGAAUCCGAACAAUAAUGAUGCGCAUGAAGAGGAAAACUAUGUUGAAGGGGAAAUCGAACUUGAUUAA